GACAUUCCUCCCGGGGGAUAAUGUCUGGGGCGAGACUUUGUUGGCCCGGGUUUGGGGCGGGUUUCGUCCGAAUUCCUAUGGAGAAGCCACCAAACCGCCAUGUGCCCAGACAAACGACGGCGGCCACCCGGCCGUUUUUGUCUGGAGCUAGACAUCACCCGGAAAACAAGAUAACGAAACCUGCUCACGCCUUGCCUUACAAGGUGCCUGCGGUUGACAGGUUAGGCAGUUGAUCCCCAUUGGAGCAUAUGAAUCUCCGUGAUUACCAGUUAUGUGCACCGGGGGGGAAGCUGGCUGCAGCAACUCCGACCCAUCGUGCGAGCUAUCGAGGCCUGUGGGGGGCAGCCGGCAGCGGGGGGGCUGCCGGAUUGCGCCUCGAUCGUUGAUUUGGCAAGUGAACAUUAUGCACCAGCACUGCACACUCUCCUUCACCUGUCCAAUAGAACGAGAUGGCUAGGACACGGUCUUCCAUCGUUUGUUGUCCAGGCUGGAGGAGCCAACGAGAGCGGGAGCGCGAAAAGGCGCGAGCUCGCGAGCCUCCCGGUCACUACUCUGAGCAUGUUGGAGUCUACGAGUGGGCGAUCGUCGACUUCGCCGCUCAGUUCAAUGCGGCCGAAGAGAAGGCCGUUCUCCGCUCGGAGACUUUCAGGCUUGGCUCCUACGACUGGCAGCUGCAGUGCUCUGAUGACCUGGAGUCGGAUGACAGUGAUGAUGAGCACGAGGCUGUCAAUGAACACAUAGUGCGGGACCCGUUGUUUCACCUAGAGCGCAUCAUCACUAAACCCCAGGAACAACUGCGCCCUACGGCAGCCGGUGGCUGCAGUCGACUACCCCCAGCAUCCGCCUGGUGCCGAGUCGCCAUCUGCAACCAUGACGAUCCGGUGAAGGACUUCCGCAUAUAUGCGGAGCACAGGUUUGGCCGCGGCCAUUCUCGGAGGCAUUGCGUCGAGUCGUAUGGACCCGAGCACGCCCUGCUCCUGGCAACCAUCACGAAGCCAGGCUCGGGCUUCCUGCGGCCGGAUGACGGGGCGCUGGUGGUGCGGCUGGAGCUGUGGCUGGAGCCGCCGCCGCCUUGCGCCUACCCGGCCACCCUGCCGGAGGACCUGUGCCCGGUGCACCGCAAGGCCGCCGCGGGAGCUGCGGUCGCGUCAGCAGCCGGCGGCGGCCUGCAGGCGGCGGGCAACACUGCCGGGGGCGCCGGCGCCGCCGCCACCUCAUCAGACGCCGCUGCAGCGGGGCCCUCCACGUCAUCAGCAGUGGCUGCUGCAGCUGGGAAGCCGCCGGGUACAGCAGGCGCGGGAGCAGCGGCAGCUCCGGGCGCGGCUUCGGAAGUAAGAGCGGGUGUGCGCGCGACUGCCGCCGCUUGCUCCAGGUCUUGCUACUGCGGCGAGGCGGCGGCAGGCCUGAGCGCCGAUCUGCUGUGGCUGCUGCAGCACGCCGAGUCGACCUCGGACGCCACCAUCACCGCAUUCACCACCCGCCCUCCGUGGGAGAGCAGCGGUGGGGCAGACGCAGCGGGCGCACAAGGGCCGGGUGGGGGCCCGGCGGCGGCGACAGCAGUGGGCCUGGUAGCAUCAGGCUCAGGCCAGCGCGGCUCAGAAGCAGAAAUCGCAUGCAGCUCUGCUGCAGGCAGCGGGGGCGCGGUCAGCGGCAGCGAUCUGACGGUGCCAGCAACAUCUGUAACGCCAGCACCAGCAGCCGAGGCGCCAGCCAGCAACGCCGCCGCUUUGGGGGUGUCCCGCCGCACCUUCCCCGUGCACCGCGGCAUCCUGGCCGCGCGCUGCCCCUACUUCCGCGCGCUCUUCGACAGCGGCAUGGCCGACAGCGGCACGCGCGACCUGACCCUGCCCGACACCCACCCCGCCGCCCUGGAGGCGCUCCUGGGGUACCUGUACGGCGGCAGGCUGGAGCUGCCCUCCCGGGAGCUGGCGCGCAGCUGCCUGCAGCUGGCAGACGUGCUGCUGCUACAGCCGGCCGCCGACAUGCUGACUCGGCACCUGGUCGCAACCGCCUCGCCCGACUCCUUCGUCGCAGACCUACUACUGGCCUCGGGGCUCGGCGGCGAAGGCGAAGGCGGCCAGACACAGCUCCUGACGGGGCUGCUGGGUCGCUAUCCGGGCUUUGUGGAGGAGCUGGAGGAAGGCGACAUGGAAGCACUGGCGGCGGCGCAGCCGGGGCUAAUGCUGCGGCUGCACCAGGCGCUCGUGGGCAACGGGAGCAGCGGUGGCGGCGGGGCGGCGGGCUGUGGUGCCGUCAGCGGCGGCAAGCGGAUGCGAACGCACUGAGUUGAGUUGUGUCCAAGCCUCAGAAAGCCUGCAUGUCCAAAGGAGUGUGGGACUGCGAGUAUAGGAAGCAUAACAACAAGCGCACGCCGGGAGGAAAAACAAGCUGUGUGUGAGUACCCCCCCCAGUGCUACUUUUUUGGUGCAUAUUAUAUAGUGUUUGGACAACUUGGUCCUUGUGGGAGGCACUUGAUUGGGUGGCAUCCUACGCUGAGUGCGUGGCAAUGCCCGCCGACUACCAUGUGGUGUGGCCCGCAGCCGGUGGCGUAUAGCGAAAUGCCAGCGCGCGCGCUUCUCAAGAAGCUGCUGGGAAUGAGGUGGAGCAGUUGGCACCCGCUCCGUGCGCCACUGAUGAAUUGCUGCUGGCUGGUGCCGGUGCCAGCCUGGUGUUGAUGGCGAGAGGUAGGGGCAUGCGGUUCAGGAGCUUGUGGCCACGUGGUGCCGGCGUUGUGGCUUCCCGGUCACGCACCAUGUGGAGGAUUCGAGUGACCGUUGCAGGGGAGGGCCGCACGGAAGGGCCCAUGUAAGAUACGGUAUGG